GAAGCAGGAACAAGAUGUAUGAGGACUAUGGAGAUCGCAGAGGUGGCCAAAGACAGCAUAAUAAUGCUAAACAAUUGUCUCAAGGACAAGACGGUGGAUGGGAAAAACCAAGGAAACCAGCUGCAAAAAGAGCUUUAGAAUUUUCUGGUGAAGAAACGGUUGGAGGAUUCCAUUAUCAUUCGGAGAUGGGUGAUAGUAGCAAACAAAAUCAUCGGAGAAUUGAAAAGAACCAGGUACCCACUUGGGGACAGAAAAAGAGCUUCCCGGGAACUUGGGCUGAAAAUAGCGAGAGCUCAGGAAAGGGUGUAGCUAAAGAUAGCUUUAUAGAAGUUCAUUCACAAUCCCAGGGAGCAGGAUAUGGUAGGAAAGGAGCAGGUCCAGCUUGGCCAAAGCCCUUGUACCAGCCCAAAUCAGUCUCCAAGGCAACACAUGAGAAAGAAAAAACAGAGCAAGAAGAUGAUCUUAAUGAUUUGGUAAUGGAGGAUGUUCCAGAGAUGCAAGAUAACGAUAUCAAUGCAGGUCUACAGUUUUCGGAGAGUAACGAUGACUUAUUAGAGGAUGGAGAGUGUCAUGUGGAUGAGGAAACUGACAUUCCAGUGACAGAGGAGAAAACUAAUGAUGAUGAUGGACAGAUUAUUCCAGAGGAGGAAAAAAGUGACUCUCAAGAUGAUGUAAGCAAUCAGAGAGCUGCGGGUAAGAUCAAACCCAAGGAGGGAGCAAAAUCUCGAGGUAUAAAUCGAGGGUCUAAGAAAGGGAUGGUGGCUCUUCCGAAACCACCGGCUCAUACGUGAAGAUAUUAAGCUGGAACUGUCAGGGAGUAGGGGCUGAUCUGACAGAAAAUUACUUAAGGGAUUUAUGGAGAGAGCACAAGCCGGAUAUUUUAUUUUUAUCGGAAACUAAAAGAUGUUAUUCUUAUUUACAAAAAUUUCAAUCUCAGUUUGGUUAUAAUAAAUUGUUUUCAGUUGACCCUAGCGGUGCUAGUGGAGGCUUAGCUUUAUUUUAUAAUAAUGAAAUAAAGUUAGAGAUUCUUUAUGAAAGCAAUCGGAUUAUUGACGUUAAA